AUGUUUAGUUAUUCAGUAGUGAUUGUUUAUAUUUUUUUUUUUUUAAUUUUAAUAUUCCAAUAUUUUUGUAACAAAAGUUUUGAGAUUAGCAAUAAAAAUUUAAAUAUUGUAUCAAAUUUGAUAGGUGCAAGAGUAUUAACAGAACAACAACUAAGUCCAAUAAUUAGAACAGUAAGAUCAAGUAGUGAUAUUGAAUGUGAACUUGUUGAAUUACAUGAAUUUAUUCAUAAAGUUCUCUUUGAUAAGUCGGGAAAAUUAUCAAGUAAUUUCACAGGAGAUAAUACUGUAGAAUAUACUAAUUGGAUUAGUAACAAAAAUAUGGAUAUUGUGAGAGCAUUAAAUACUCAUCCAGAACCUAAUAAUAAAUAUUUUUUAAAUAAUUUUGUUUAUCUAUGGAGUAAAUUGGCAGAAGAAUUUGAUGUGUAUUCCUAUGUUAAUUGGGUUUAUCAGGUAAUGUUAAAUGGUAGAAUUUUUAAUAAUAAACCACGUACUAUACCUUUGUUAUCAUCCACAUCCCCCUCAUCAAUCACACCUGCGACAUCAGCAGUUUCUUCGUUAGUAAAUAAUACUUUAUCUGAAAUAAUAACAAACGCUUCUUCUAUAUCUACAAGUCAAUUAAAGAACUUAACUACAUUAACACCUUCAAUUGAAACUGAGACUAUAAUUACAUCUGAGAAUAAUUCAUCUUUAUUAAUGCCUGUAGAACAUAGUAAUUUACAUAAAGCAUUUUGUUGGUUUUUCUAUGAUCCAAAAAAUUUUAUUGCUUUAUAUAUUCCACUUGUUGUUGUUGGAAGGCUAUUGUUUUUUAUAUACCUUUACAAACAGAAUACUCAUACCAGAUCAGUGUUAGGAAAAGGUAAUCCAAAAAAAAAAAAAGGAAAAAGGAGAAUGCAUAAAAUGGACAAUGGUUAUAAUAUUCAUGAGCACUCAGAAUUUCCUCCUAUAUACCCAGUUUGA